AUGGCGAGAGAAACGAGUUACUGCGGCCCGACGGCAUUGGUACUGGGUACUACCACAAUGACGAUACCUACUAUGGAUUCUAUAGAAACGGUAUUAGAAGCGGUAUCGGAGAAUACCGGACAAUGGGUCAAAGAUAUGAAGGAGGGCGUAGGUACUCUGAUCUACUCGAAUGGUGAUGUCUACCGAGGAAAUUGGGAGUCUGGCAAAAAGCAUGGAAAAGGGUUGUACUUUUUCGCCGUAGAAAAACUUUUGAUUGCCUCUGAAUGGAACUACGGUGUUAGAAAGCGGGAAAGUGAUGUAGUGCUGGAUAAGAUAUAG